AUGGAAGAUGAGCUACAAUGGGACAAACCGUCCGUUAAGCUUUCAUCAUUUCAUGAUGACCAACAAAUUAACAACAUCACGACCGGAGUAGCAUCAUUAACCACUCUCCAACAACAAAAUGAUAAUAAUAAUAAUAACAAUGAUGAAUCUUCUCUCAUCAAAUAUGAUGGAAGUUUUGGAUUAAUUACGGAUGAUGUAAUUGAGCAUUGCGUUUUACCCUUUGUAGAAUAUAGAGAAGCAAUCAUGACCAUUCCGCUUGUUUGUAACAAAUGGAAAAACAUGAGCAACAAGACAUCAAUUUGGUAUGAUAUUGUCCUGAAGGAAAGCAAAUUACAUUCUUCCGUUCUGUCAUCCUAUGUAAAUAAUUGUAAAUAUUUGUGUAAAUUGAAGAGUGAAAAACAGAGCCAAAUAAUGAGCAGUGAAGAAGAAGAGGAUGAUGGACCUCAUGAAAAGUCAUCACCAUUCCCUACUGAUGAUUCAUCAUUGUCAUUGCUAUUAUCUGAUGAUGUAUAUAUUUUGAAAAGAUUAUUGUACAUAAUUCCCGAUUACUUCCCAACAACAUUUAUCACUCCUUCCGAGGAUACCGAUAGAGAAUUUCAUUUGAGAGAUCUCAUAUCUAGGGAUUCCAAAGAUACAAACUUGUUAAUCUAUAGUAAGGGAAAUUCUGAUACGUUUCGUGCCUUUUCCUAUGAUAUUAACUUGAGAACAGACAAACGUAUUCCUAAUCUACCUUACAAGCCACCAAAGAAGAAGAUUUCUUCAACUGAAGUGGAUGCUCAACCUCAAGCUUCUUCAUCAACAACAACAUUGGUAGAACCAAUACAAGUUGCUCCACUAACAACAUCAAUAUCAACAUUGGUAUCAUCAUCCUCUUCAACAACAACAACAAUAGAAAAACAACUUUCAUCAAAUUAUCUUCUCGAGUAUUUAGUUCCUAUCUAUUAUUUCGAAGUUGAAACUUUUGUCUUGGAGAAACCUGAACCAGUAACUCCGAUUACUCCCUUGUCUAGUACUUCAUCUAGUUCUGGAAAUUCAUUCUGGAAGAAGAUGAUGGCCACCAAGAAGAAGGUAAAGGAUGGUAGAAACUCUAUUGGUAUUAUGCAUAACAGAUAUUUGGGAAAUAGACAAGUUGGGUGGGAUGAUUUAUCAACAGGUUUUCACACUGAUGAUGCAGGAUUUUUCCUUGAGGAAGGAAGCUCGAAAUUCAAAGUUAACACUGAUGGAAAGGAAAUUAUUGUUGGAGAUGUGUUGGGAUGUGGAUUUUCUUCACAUCACAAGGCUGUAUUCUUUACAUUGAAUGGCACCUUUUUAACCUCUCCAGUUAUUCUCCAUACUCUCAAAGAAGAUAUGCGUUUUGGACUUGGAUUUUGGAAGAAUAUGAAAGCAAAAUGUAAUUUUGGAAGUGAACCUUUUCGAUAUGAUAUUUCCAAAUCACUUGAUGAUAUUAGUAGAUAUUUCGAUGAUUCAGAAAGUUUCGCCCAUCAUUUAUAUGAUUCUGAAAUGACCUACACUGAUGAAGAGAAAAUGUCAGGACUCGUUGAGAAACUGACUUCAUUGAGAAAUAGAAUUGAAACAGCUAAUCAAUUUUUGGCUGACAUUCAGAGAAGAAUAUUAAUGCGAGAAAUGGGAAUGGAUUCGGAUGAGGAAAUGACAGAGGAGAAUGAUCGUAAUGAUGAGGAUUAUGUUGAUGAUGGAAUGGAAUUGAGCAGUGUUGACUCUUCAAGUGAAGAAGAGGAGGAACAUACAUGGAACGAUAUCAUUCGUGAGGAUAACUCAGAUGCUCAAUCACCAACAUCUCAAAAUGAAGAAAAUCAAGAAGCUACCAUUUCUGAUGAAGAAGGUUCUUUCAGUGAUUAA